GCAUCAUCGUUGUCCACACCCUCGCUUCACACCCUAUGAGGACAGCUGCCAGCUAUGCAAUCAGUCAGAGUACAAGGAGCAAUACUCCUCACAUCCCUUCACUCUUCCCAGAAGCUCAUUUAAGCCAAAGGAAAAGUACAAGAUGCCACAGAUACCCAUGGAAGGCAUCUCAUCUACCAAGAGAGAUUACGUAGGUUAUGAAGUAUUGCCACAGAAACGUCCACCACGUAAGCAUGUCAAGAGCGGUGAGCCUAUGGAUUUGACCUCCACUUACAAAAAAGAUUAUAUCUCCUACGCUGUCUGUCAAGUACGUCCAUGCCUCCCCCGUGUGAAAAAGCACAUCCCCUGCGCCAAGAUGAAUACAACAACCACUUACAAAGGUGGUCGUUGGGAUGAAGGCUGCAGGUCUUCGUCACGGUGCACUUUGCCCCCCCUGCCGUUCUUGUUGCCAAGUCCUUGUUCCCCACGCAUGUGGUCAGACAAAACUGGGUUUUUACUGGAUCAGUGGUUCGUACAAGAUGACUAUGUGCUGUGGAAUGAACCAAAGACAGAGCUGAUCAGACCAAACAACAAGCUUCCCCCAUUAGAAGGAAAAUUUAACCACAGAACCAAUGUCCAGGAUGAGUAUCAUUACAGGGGGCCAGUUGUCACUCAAGGCUGCAAACCUCUGAAUCCUCUGCAGAAGAAUAAGCCUGCCUUUGAGAAUAUGACCAGUUAUAGAGCAAAUUACGUGCUACAUCCUGUGGAGAAACAUCAUGUCCAUAAAUGUGAGAAAUACAAGGCAAGCAAGGGCCCAUUCGAUGACCUCACUACCUACAAAGAUUCUUACAAGGGGCUGGCUGGUCAGCCAGCCAAGUCGGCAAAACCAUGCCUGCCAAAGAUUCACCAUGAUCUUCCAUUUUCCUCUAAAAGCGAGUUUCAGGAAAACUACAAAGGUUGGUCACAGCGUCCUGUGUUCAAAAAACCUGAUGUAUAUCAUCCUCCUGUCGAGAAAAUGGACCUUCACACCACUACUCAGAUGCAUUACAAGCAGCACCCAAAGAACAAGCCAGUCAAGAUGUGUCUAUCUUUGGCCCAGCUUAAAAGAAGUACUAAGCCAUUCAACGCCUCUUCUGUAAUGAAGGAAGACUAUAAGCCUUGGCUGUGCAAGAAGCUACAACCUAUCACACAUCCUCCGGAGCUGACUUUCCCAGCAAAACCAAUGGAUUUCUCAACUACUUCUCAGACCCAUUAUGUGUCUCAUCCACGCAUAGUUACAAAGAGCUGUAAACCUGCCUUGUCAGGCCCAAAACAUCACACUGUGCUAGAUGCUAAAACCAUCUACAAUACCAGCUACACACCAAAGGCCGUUGUUAGAUGCUUGGCCUCUUACAAAGACCCACCUGGUUACGUCUUUAAAGGAACUGAUGCUGACGGUCACUAUCUCUAUGCCCCUGCUUCUAAGAGUGAACACCAGGAUGGUGGACACUGA